AGAGCGCUAUGAGGGCUUCGUCGUGGUUGGUUUGUCUAGCCGUGCUCUCCUCCGUAGGCAUAGCGACCCGACGCCAAAGGUUUGUGCCAUGCGGUAAAGGCCACGGCGUGGUGACUACAUCCCGCGGAGCUGCCUUGAUUACGAAAGUCAUCAACAAAUGUGGAAGGCUCAUCCCACACAACUACGCCUGGAACAUAUCGACGACCGUAAAGAUGAUCAGAAAAGCUUGCGUUGCCGUCCGACUCUGCUAUGCAAGCCAUAGCACCACUCCGAAGAAGAAUCCUACAUUCAAGAAGGCCAUUUUUCUAUGUCUGCGGACGUGGACGACUACUUUCUACAAAAUCAUUCCGGCCCAAUUCAUGAUGUCUCCGGAUCUUUUCAACCGGCUAGAGACUGAACUACGUCCACGAGCCCCUGGGCCCGGACGGCUUCUUCAGCUCUCUUGAUGACCUUGGCCUGCAGGGCAUGGUCGGAGCUGAGCAACACGGCCUCCCACUGCUCGGUAUUAUUUAUUUCUCGUGCAUGAGUGCUGACAUCAUACCCGAAGAUGCUGACGUCGUUUUAGCAGCAGCAAAGCGAUAUUUGAAGAUCAUGAAUAUCGUUGGAAAUCCGCUAGGUUCUACGUAAAGGAUGCAGGAUGGCACUUCAGAUGCGGCGGCACUUCUUAAGGCACAAGAAUAGCGUUCACCAAACACUUCGCAAAUAAACAUGCCUACACACAGUAUAUUUACGCCUUGAUAAAGUUGUCUCUGGUUCUCUGCUUAAGAAUUCUCUCGUAAUAAUAGUCCAACGCACACCUACUUUCCAGAACGUUUUCGUACAGCUUUCAGCACUAGAAUGAAAUUGGCCAACGAAAUGUUUGUAAGGUAAUGCUAAAUUUACAUACCGUUAUUAUUACGGCUCAUCUGGAGCAACGAGCCGCGUUCUUUAUGCUCACCGCCGUUUCCUAAAAAAAAAAAAAACUCUGAAUUCGAUUAGAGUUCUAGGAUUGUUGCUCGAUGCCAAGGGCUGUAAUGCCAAAACCAUUGCGCAUCUGACCGCCAAAACCGAGAAUAUUCUCAGAUUAAUCAUGAGAGUCUCCAAUAAGAAGGGGGGCCUAGGCGAGGACAACCUACUUAGGGUGCAUCACGCUUUUCUUAUGAGCCACAUCGACUAUGUGGU